AUGAAGAGGAUAGCUGCGUCGACUCUACUAAUUUUGGGCCUAGCCCUUUGCGUCCAGAGUGAACCGGUACAGAAAGAAGAAGAUGACAGUGCUUUCAACUGCAUAUACGAGGAGAACACGGUGUCGUGUCUGAGAACGAGACUGGCCAGGGACAUCGAUCGGAUCGAGAUGCAGGUCACCGGUAAGAAGAGCGAGCCACCGAUGAGCGCGGUGAUCGAGCAGGCCGGCAACUUCGUGGCUGAGGUCGUCGACAGCGUCCAGAACCCCGAAAAAUCGGAGGAGGUCGAGAACGAGGCGGAAGCGGUUGAACAAGGACGCAGAAAGAAGUUCGGCAAGAAGAAGAAGCAGCUGCAGAGGCUGCUCGGCCUGGUGAUGCUGUUCAAAGCGAAGCUCAGCUUGCUACUGCAACUGAUCUCCACCCAUUUGCAAGUGAAGUUCUUCGUGAUCGCCGUGGUUAGCCUGCUGAUCAACGUGGUCAAGUUCUGGCUGGACCUGAAGAAACCCCCAGCUAAAGUGAUCUAUUACGAGCACGCGCAACAUCAGCAUCACUACGACCACGACGACCACGAUCACGGCUACUGGGGACGAUCCUCAAACGACUCUCCCCACGAUCUCGCUUACUCCGCCUACGCUACCAAACAAUAA